AUGUCCCGCGUUGCCAGCAUCGUGUGCGCAGUGUCUCUGGUGCUCUACGGCGCCAGCUGCUUCAUCCUUCCUGCAAGCACACCACGUGGUGCGCCGCAGCAGGGUGCCGGUGCUGUGGCACAGCCAAGUGCUUCCAGCGUCGCUCCUGAGUCUGCUGGAUCUUGGAGCCCAAUUGCCAUUGGUGCUGCCCUUGGACUGCUGGCUGCUGUGGCUACUGCCCGACCAGCCUUGGCAGCAGACUUGGAGAACGGCGAGGCCGUCUUCCAGGGCAACUGCACUGCCUGCCAUGCUGGUGGCAACAACAGCAUCGUGGCAGAGAAGAAGCUGAAGAAGGAUGCCCUGGUCACUUACGGCAAGUACGAUGUGGGUGCCAUCAUCACCCAGGUCACCAACGGCAACGGCUCCAUGCCUGCCUUCGGCGACAAGCUCGGCCCAGAUGACAUCGAGGAUGUGGCAAACUAUGUGUUCAACAAGGCCGACAAGUGGUGAGUUCUCGUGAGUGCCUAGCAUUCUUAAUCUUUUCUGGAUGACAUGACUAGGGCAUACUGCCCGUAGCAACGGUGCCCUUUGUUACAAAUCUUGCCCUUUCCAGAACAAUUUUAGAUUCUGGAGGAGGAUGAUGACCGCUGCAGUGACAUAGAAAGAGUUGGAC